GUAGCCAUUUUGAUUUUGACGAAUAUUGACAUACGUCGUCGGAGUCUAGACAGAAAGUCAUUUGUUACGGCAAAAGUGACAUGUAAACAUUUGCCGAAAUUCGGUUUGCUGUGCUGUGCGCGUCCCGGGGCACGAAAACCGACCGCCGAAGUCAUUCCUCACCGUCGAAAACCCAUAACAAUACCGCCGCGAUAAAGUCACAUGUCCACCAUUUACAAUAAUUUAUUUAAAACAAACUAAAUACAAUAAUAAUAAUAAUCUCUUAUCCCACAGAUUAAAAGAAUAAAAUUAAACCGAAAACAACGAGUGUCGCACGAGUGUAAGAUUCGUUUUUGUUUACAAGUUGUCAGACAAAUCAAAAGGACGCUGUGAUAAAUCGCCUGCAAAUCGCAGAGAGAAGAAGAAAAAAAACGCGAAUUUUGUGCCUGUGGGACAUGGCAUCACAUGAGGGGAUUAUCAACGGACGACUGGGAUACUGCAUUCCACAGGAAAUUUAACUCGGCGUAGUGGAUAUUUUCCGGUCUCGACAUGUUGAGUGUAGCGACGGGGGGCGACACCUCGGUGCCCCAGCAGCAGCUCGCCGCCGGCGUGUAUCCUGCGACGGGACCCGCUGCCCCCGAUAACGAUCAAGCGCAAUUCGAGGCUGAUAAACGUGCCGUCUACAAACAUCCUUUAUUUCCUCUGUUGGCGUUACUCUUUGAGCGUUGUGAGCUCGCGACGCAAUCCAGUGAUCCUCAAUCUUCAGACGCGUUCAACAUGGACAUUCAGGCGUUCGUCCAGCAUCAGGAACGCGAUCGCAAACCUUUCCUCUCGAAUGAGCCCGAAAUUGACGGACUUAUGAUUAAAGCUAUCCAAGUGCUUCGAAUACACCUCCUCGAAUUAGAAAAAGUGCAGGAACUCUGCAAGGACUUUUGUAAUCGUUACAUCACGUGCCUCAAAGGCAAGAUGCAGUCGGAGAAUCUCCUGCGUUCGGACUACGCCGGCGGCGGUGUUGGUCUGGGCGGCGUGGGCGGCGGCGGCGGCCCGCUGGGCAUGGAAAGCAACAACAAUCUUCUAUCGCAUGGCAACUCCGACACCGGCUCGGAGAGCAACAGUCCCGUGCAGUACUCGAUCAGUCCGCAAGCAUCGACCACGCCGCAACAACAGCAGGCUGAGAUGAACGCGUUCAAUCUGCAAGCGUACCAGCAGCAGCAACAGGCCACGCAUCAGGCGAUACAGGCGCAGCAGGCAGCCGCCGCGGUUGCCGCCGCCGUCCAGCAACAACAACAACAACACCAACAGCAACAACAGUUACCAUGCGAUGGACUUGUUGUACAUGGCAGUACUCCGCUGAGUCAAAUCGGUGCGAAUUUGGGUUGUUCUGUUCCGCCGAGUGAAUCCUCCGGGCCGUUAUCACCGGCACUCACGACCACACCCGGUGGGUCCGGUGAUGAAUGCGAUAGUGAUUUUGCGUCACGUUCCACUUAUCGGAAGCAGAAACGUGGUGUGCUGCCCAAACAAGCUACCAGCGUCAUGCGUUCGUGGUUAUUUCAACAUCUAGUCCAUCCGUAUCCCACCGAGGAUGAGAAGCGACACAUCGCUGCGCAGACGAAUCUGACUCUGUUGCAAGUCAACAAUUGGUUUAUUAAUGCACGUAGGAGGAUUCUCCAGCCGAUGUUGGAUGCAAGCGCGCCUGCUACUGAACCAUCGGGAGAAAAUUCCCCUUCUGGGCAUAAGAAGAAGAAAACCUCGGGACAGAAUAAUAACAGACGCUUUUGGCCGCAGGAUUUCGCUAAUAUUCAACCACAAAUUGAUGGAGGAUUGUUGUCCAGUUCAGAUGACGAAGGUGAUUCCUAUAGUGACGACGGUGAUGAUCCGGGUUUGGUGAUAGACGCACACGCGCAAAUCGAGAACGGCCAUAGCAACAAUGAUGGCGCUUUUAAUCACAGUCCGGGUGAUAAAUAAGCAUCACACACGGCGCGACAAGGGCUUUCCAUUAUAUUUAUAACGUUAGUUACUAGUGAGUUUUUACAACGCGCAACAAUUGCAAUUGAAACGAAAACGGGGGCAUGAUGAUGAUGAUGAUGAUGAACACAGUUGUAAUAACUAAACAAGGCUGAUCUGUACAUUGUAUUAUAAGUUUUCAUUGAUUAAUUUUAAAGCUUUGAGAAAGUAUACUGCGAAACGGACACAGAUACGUACACAGAUGUAUACCAGAAUAGUUGUGGUGCGGUAUGUGACGAGAAAAUAAUACUUCAAAUCGGGAUUUCUUAAUUACUCGAAAACUAAUUGAGAUAGAAUGAUGAUUCUUUCACUAAUCGAUUCUGUAUUAAAUUCUGAAUGGAACUGACGAAAGAUUUUGUUCUUAUCAGUAUUUUAUCAAAAGUUACAGACUAAUUUGUGUUUGUUCUUAUUUUUACUGCAUAAUUAACUUUAAUUGUUUAUAACUUUUUAUGUGAUACUCUGAAUUGUUUAGUUUUUACCGAGUUUGAUAGAGAAUUUAAUUCGUAUUCUAUUGUUGAAAGAAUCAUUAAUUUAUCUCAAUUAGUUUUUGAAUAAAUUACGAAAAACUAAUGUGAAACACUUGCGUCGCAUAGAUGCGCCACGAUUAUAAAUACAAAAAUGCCAUAAAGAUCAAAAUUAACCUUUUGAUUAGAUAAACAAAACAAAAGCAACAUGUAUACGUAAUAUAUACCUCAGAUAUAAAGCACGUUUUCGACAACGUUAACAUUAAAAACUAAUUAAUUACUUAUGUAAAACUAGAGAUGAAAUUCUAAGCGCUUACCUAAAAAAAAACGAUGUAUACGCGAUGAAAAGCAAGACGUAAAAGAUGAACAGUGAAAGGAAAUUCAGUAUUACCUGUUUUACACCUUAAUUAUUUAUAAUCUAUCUCUCUCUCUGUAUACCAGUAUUGUUGAAUGAUGAAUGUCAUUCAAAGUAUGAAAAAUUUUAAGAAUUAACGUUAUAGUACACUAAGGGCUAAAAAAACGAAAUGUAUACUAAACGAAGGAACCCAUAUACGUAAUUUACAAUAACUAAGUAACUAAUUACAAACUAAGUGUAUAUUGUAUCAUAAUUAUCAUGUAAUUUAGUCGUGAUACUUUUACGUGACGCAUGAUGAUGAAAAACAGCGAGAAUUUUAGUUUUUUGUUAAUAACUCGAAAACUAAUGAAGUUAUUGUAAUAAUUUCUUCAAUGUUGCUUUAAGAAUUAAAUUCUGGAUAUUAUUAUGUAAAAAAUUCAUUGAUAACAAUCUGUUAUCAAUAGUUAUUGCAUAUUUUUUGUAAAAUUAAGAUUUCAUCAUAACUUUUUGUGUAAUUUUACGAUUGUGACGAUUUUUGCGUGAGUUUAUGCAGAAUUUAAUUCUUAAUUGAUGCGUGAAAGAUUUUUCACGAUAGCGUUGAUAGUUUUCGAGUAAUUGAUAAAUAACUAAAAUUUUGUAGUAAUUUUUACUCAUGCGUCAUGUACAGCGCUGCGAUUAGAGUUAUCUCAUCAAAUGAAAUUACCAGAAUGCUUUUUUGUCAAAAUUAUGUGCCAUUUGUUAAGUUGUUGUGUUGAAUAUGUUUAGUUUCGAACCAUACGAUGCGUGGCUAGUGAUGUCUAGUGUUUAUGUUCACUUAUUAUCAGCAAACACACCGUUGAAAAACAAGCAACCGCUAUUCCUAUAUUUAUAUUUAGAUUCGUUAAGCCUAAACUAGACGUAUCUCUUAAGUGAUUUUUGCAUUUAAGCCUACAACGUACGUUGCGGUAGCAUGUAAGCGAGAAGAAUCGAUGUUACAUAAUUUUUUAGUUGCUAUUGUCAGUCUGUGAUACAAUUAUUGAGGAACGUAGUGUUUAAUGUGUGCGAAGAAGGCAAGAAGCGCUAACCAGGAUAAUGUCUGUACUUCCGUCUAAGGAUGCAGUGUAUGUGUGUGCAUGCGUGCGUGGCUGAAUGAUGGGUGUUUAGGAAUAAAAUUAAAGACAAAAAUAAAUACGAUACCGCCCGUUAGCGCAAGCAGUUUUGUUCGUCUCGCUCGCCAGACAGACGAAUUGUGUGUGUGCUGACACAUGAAACACACGACGAUAUACGUAGGACUAGUGUCCUUAGUGUCUUCAUUCAUUCAGAAUUGCCAAUAUUGUAAAUUGAACGAUGAAUGGGUGUCAAUUGAUUUGAUACUGAUGCUGACACGAACAAUUCGAAACAUUCGACGAGAGAUUAACAAAUUUAAGAUACGAAUAUAUUGAUUGCUUCUUGUGACUCUAUGUAUACGCUCCGAAUAUGAAUGAAUACUCUUUUUACUACAAAAA